UAAACUGUCCCGACAACCCAAGUGUCAUCAGACAACUACAUCAUCAAUCCAUAUUCCCUUCUCUUUCCCAAAUCACCAUUUUUACCGGCAUCUGAAUUUCCGGUAAGAAAUUAUCCAGAUUCCAGCUAUUAUCAGCAAUGGACGCAACUGGAAAAGUGAAGAAAGGUGCUGGUGGAAGAAAAGGAAAUGGUGGUCCAAAGAAGAAAUCAGUAACAAGAUCUGUUAGAGCUGGUUUACAAUUCCCAGUAGGUAGAAUUGGUAGGUACUUAAAGAAAGGACGUUAUGCUCAACGUAUCGGUAGUGGUGCUCCUGUUUAUCUUGCUGCUGUUCUUGAAUACCUUGCUGCUGAGGUUUUGGAAUUGGCUGGAAAUGCAGCUAUAGAUAACAAGAAGAAAACAAUCAACCCAAGGCACAUUUUGUUGGCAGUUAGGAACGACGAGGAAUUGGGAAAGCUUCUAGCAGGUGUUACCAUUGCUCAUGGAGGAGUCCUGCCAAAUAUUAACCCAGUCUUAUUGCCAAAGAAGUCUGAAAGGUCAACCCCAGCUGCAUCCAAAGAGCCUAAAUCACCAGUCAAAGCCGCCAAGUCUCCUAGGAAGGCUUAAAUGUCUGUCGCAGCAAAACAACUAUGAAGACAAAAUAACCGAAAAAAAUGAAGGGGAAAAAAACUCUCUUUUCUCUUUGUAUGUAAUUCUGGGAUUAUGUUUAUCUGUAGAUUAUGUAAGUUUGUUGUCUUUGUUUGUGUGAAUGAAACCACUUGUUUCUCUUGCUCACACCGCUCUCUGCACCUCGUACUGAAAUCAUGGGCACGGUAGUGUUGUGAAGAAUACAUGUGAUGUGGGUUGUGAAGUUACUGUGGAUUACACCAAAUUAGAACGAGUCAAAAGAUUCAUAGAAGGGUGAAUGGUGUCGAUCACUUGCAAAUUGCAAUUUUCAAGGGCACUGAGAGAGGAGUUCAGAAAGUUGGAGGUAAGAAUCUAUAUGUUACUUCAUACAUGAUUUGAUUCUUUGUUGGUCACAAACAUCAACCAAAGUCGAAAAAUGACUUAUCUAUGAAGGGGCAAACUACAAACCAACCUUGCCGU